GUGAGAUACCCUCUUCCCUUGGCAAUAUCACUGGAUUUUUGCAUCUAAAUUUGGGUUUAAACAACUUUGAAGGAAGCAUACCGUCUAGCUUGGGGAACUUAAAGUACCUCCUAGUCCUCGGGCUUCAUGGAAAUAAACUUAAUGGCACCAUCCCCCAACAACUCAUGAGUCUCUCAGCCUCUUUUAACAUAGACGUGUCUUUCAAUUCCUUGACUGGUUCCUUGCCUACAGAACUUGGUGAACUCAAAAAUAUUCUUUUCCUUGUAGUUUCAAACAACAAACUCUUUGGUGAGAUUCCUAGCACAAUAGGAAAUUUGAUUUCCUUGGAACAUCUUGAGAUGCAGGAAAACUUAUUCCAAGGAUCUAUUCCUCCAUUGAAUCAAUUAAUGGGUCUUCAAUAUCUAGAUCUUUCACACAAUAACUUAUCAGGCGGAGUUCCACAAUAUUUUGAGACUCUUUCCACCUUAAUAUAUCUGAAUUUGUCGUUUAACAAUCUUUCUGGUGAAGUACCUAGUAAAGGAAUUUUCAAAAAUGCAACUGCAGUUGGAGUACUUGGCAACACUAAGCUUUGUGGAGGGGCCCCAGAGCUACACUUACAAGCAUGCCCCCUUCAAAAACACAAAAAACGUACUAAUCCAAUGUUGACUUUAGAAAUUGCCCUUCCUUCUUCAUUUCUUGCUCUGGCAUUGAUUUUUCUUUCACUAUACCUGACAAGAAAAACGAAGAAAAAAUCUCUUUCCUCACCUUCUUUUGGACGAUUUCAUCCAAAAAUAUCCUACCAGGAACUCCUCAAUGCCACUGGUGGGUUUUCAUCAAGCAAUUUGAUUGGCUCAGGUAGUUUUGGAAUGGUAUAUAGUGGAACUUUAAGUCCAGAGGGAACGACUGUUGCAGUUAAGGUACUCAAACUCAGCCAACCUGGAGCUUCCAAGAGUUUCAUGGCUGAAUGUAGAGCGCUGAGCAACAUUCAACAUCGCAAUCUUGUCAGGAUCCUAACUGCUUGCUCCAGCAUUGAUUUUGAGUGCAAUGAUUUCAAAGCUCUGGUUUACGAGUUCAUGCCAAACGGGAGCUUGGAAAGAUGGCUGCAUCCAGAAGAUGGUCACAUACAAUUGAGAAACUUGGAUCUUCUCCAAAGAAUAAACAUUGCGAUAGAUGUGGCUUCCGCAUUGCAUUAUCUUCAUAAACAAUGUGAAACACCAGUCAUUCAUUGUGAUGUAAAGCCAAGCAAUGUCCUACUUGACAAUGACUUUACUGCUCACCUAAGUGAUUUUGGUUUGGCGAGGCUCCUUUCAAAAUCGGGCAUAGAUGCUGUUUCAAGUCAAUUUACCUCCGCCAGUGUCAAGGGAACCACUGGAUACGCAGCUCCAGAGUACGGGAUGGGUGCUCCGAUGUCAACUCAUGGAGAUGUAUAUAGUUAUGGGAUUCUGUUGUUGGAGAUAUUCACAGGAAAAAGACCAACUGACAAUUCAUUCAGUGAUGAUUUAAAUCUUCGUAAUUUUGUUAAGAUGGCAUUGCCGGAGUUGGCAACAGAGAUGAUGGACCAAUUUUUACUAACCGAAGGGAUGCAAGAAGCUCAAAGUAGCAUUGGAAGUUCCAGUAACCAUAGAAAUGAAUGCAUUGAAUGCUUGAUAUCUACACUAGAAAUUGGAAUUGCAUGUUCAGCAGAAUCCCCAAGCGACAGAAUUGACAUCAAAGACGUUGACAAUCGUCUACUUUCAAUUAGAGACAAAUUCAUUGGAUCAAGAAGGCAUGAUUAA